CGUGCAGUUUUGCCCGUUUAACCAAAUCGCAGUUAGCACUCGGCAGUAAACAGUCAGCAGCAAGCAGUGAGAAGUCGGCAGUCAACUCGUCUUAGUUUGUAGCAUAAUUCGAGGCGCCUCAUGAGUCGCAUGCAAGCCAUUACCGCCUCGGUGCGAACAACCAAUCGCAUGAAUGCACUAUUGUCGGAGUCCAUGCUGAGCCGGCGGCGCGCGCUCCAGUGUGCUGUGGGCGAGGGCGAGGCUGGCGGCGUGGGCGGCGAGCUGGGCGGCGAGCGUAAGGAGAAGCCGAAAAAUGAUUGGAAAUUCUUUCACACCAAUUUCAAUAUGGAACGUGCCCAUAAAAUCAUCGAAGAUUGCAUUGAGGAGCGUCUGCUGUGGGAUCGUUUCAGUCGCAAUUAUGACUCUUGGCGCGCGCUGCAGCUGGCCGAGAGUCUGGCCGCGGAGAUACGAGACCGGGUCAAGAAGCUAAACCACAGGCGGCAUCGCAUUGUCUGCCUGCUGUCGAUUGCCGAGAAGCAAAACCAGGGCAUUUAUCAGCGGAUGUGCCAUCUGAUGGACGAGAAGCGGGAUAAUUUUACUCAACUGGUUUUUGAGCGACCCACGUACUUCAUGAUUGUUGUCUUGUAUUUGGUCUAUCAGGACUAGUUGCGAGUGAAAGUUGUGAAAGCUUUCGAUAAAGCUUGUCAAAAGCUGGGCAAGCCACUGCACAAACCAGUUGGAAAUUAUAAUAGGCUAAGGACUGUUUCAGAGUUUUAGCGUUUAGCAAGUUGUCAAAAAUGUAGCCAAAUAAAAAGAAUAUAAAAUGA